UGACGCGCCGCGGUAAUUAGACAGAGCGGCUCAGCAGCGUGCGGCGCAGCCCCUCCGGAGUAAGCGGAGCACUUGAUUGACAGCCUCACUGUCCUGAGUCGGGAUGGUGGAGAUGUUUAUCUGGGGACGGUUUAUAUAGGAGAGGCUCGGGGGCAUUCUCAACUCCAGUUCACUUUAUAACGUCUCAACAGCACACGCUACUAUAUAAAAGAUCUUACAAGUGUUUUAACACUUAGGACAUUCUUGCUGCAAAACUGGACUGGAGAAAUUCUUUUUUCUGCCUCUAUUCAGCCUGUAUCUUUAAAUCGUUUUAUAUAUAUAUAUAUAUAAGCAGUACUUUUGAGAAUUUUUUCUGAAUUUUGUUUUACUUUGGUCUCACCUGGUCUUCAAUAAAGUUGAGCCUGUUACUACGGCUGCAGCGACUCAUCAUGCACUGCCAAACCGAGUCAAGGAUGCCUUCGACGGGCAACCUUAAAACAGCCAGGCGGCGCUACAAGACCUUCAUGAUUGACGAAAUUCUGUCCAAAGAGACCUGCGACUAUUUUGAAAAACUUUCCUUAUAUUCCGUGUGCCCUUCUCUGCUUGUCAGACCCAAGCCUCUUCAUUCAUGUACAGGUUCCUCCUCAUUACGAGCCUACCCCCUGAUCUCAGUGAUCACACGGCAGCCUCCUGGCCUGUCUCAACUCUCACAGCCUUCACCCUCCUCUCAUGUCAUUCCACUGCUUUCUCCACUGCAAGCAUCCAACUCACGGGCUGAAACAGCAAACAGUGAGACACCUCUGAGCAUCAGCAGUGAAUCAGAUGUGGAGCAGACCAUCUCCAGGGUGAAAAAGCCCCGUCGUAGUCGGACAAUCUUCACUGAACUGCAGCUUAUGGGUCUGGAGAAGAAAUUCCAGAAACAGAAAUACCUUUCUACUCCGGACAGGCUGGAUCUGGCACAAUCUCUAGGGCUUACUCAACUGCAAGUGAAGACCUGGUACCAGAAUCGCCGCAUGAAAUGGAAAAAAAUGGUGUUGAAGGGGGGCCAAGAAGCUCCAACAAAGCCCAAGGGGCGGCCCAAGAAAAACUCUAUCCCCACAACAGAAGAAAUUGAAGCAGAAGAGAGGUUAGCUCAACUUGCCAAGGAGAAACAGGAAUGCCAGGCCAUACCAACCCUGACUGACUUGUCAAAUAUCCAGCCCCAGACCCUCAAUGUACAGCAAUCACAAACAAGCCAGCCCUCAAGCCCAGUGUGCACCACACCAGAAGAGGCACCCUCAGCUCAGCAAGAGAACCAGCUUGUGAGCUGAAGUACCACACCAUAGACGAACAAGACAGAACUCGGAAACGAUCCGCUUCCUGUCACUUGAACGCAUUGCAGUGCGCUCUGAUUUCCUGUUGCUUUGCAAUGCUGGUCUAUAAAUCAAGUUAUGUCCUGAAGGCUCAGACAUUUGGUGGGGGGUAAGUGUGGAUUCUACCAGGAUCAGGAAAAAAAAGUUACAAAAAUAUCAUGACUAUCUCAAGUUCCUACUGAAACUGAAGAGACAUUGCAUAGCAGUGGUCAGACAAGCAAUUCUUCCUAUGCCAAGAUAAAACAAAAUGCCAGCUAUCCAUGGCAGGGAGGAAUGUUUUGGAAAUUAUCCUGGAUUUGACAUGCUGAAGCUAACUAGAGAGGGAAAUUUUAACCCUUUAACAAGAAAAAUCCAUGGAGCAACCCACUCAGAUGGAUCUCAUGCCUUACAAUAGGCAGAAAAACAAACAGUUGUCGCAAUUUUGUCCAUGUUGGGGUGACGAUACUGCUCCCUUACCCUGACGCACUCAUGCAACCAAAGAGAAAUGUAACAAGUUUGUAAUGCACGCUAACAAAACAAACUGUCACAGUGUUUACAAGGGAGCUCUGUUGCCAUUCAGUUCAUGCUGUAUACAAUGCCAGAGGUUGAUAAAUGUGUAAAUUUGUAAAAUUGCAAACGGUUGUAUGUUUUUAUCAUGAAUUAUUUUACUUUUCAAGUUAUCAUUUAAGAAAUGAAAAAGUUUAAAACUAGUUGUAAAAUCAUUUAUAAAAUGUCAUUUUAUUAACUAAGUGCUGCCUUCUCAAAUUUGCUUUUGAACACAAAUAUUCGGGAUUUGCAUCAGCAGGUUUAAAAGGCCGACAGUCUCAGACGUGGCUUAUUCAUAAUCUUUAUGUUUUAUGAUUGAUGGCAAGAAACCAGCAAAGAAAAAAUAACAAUGAGUGAAAUGACUACUAAAUACAUGCCUGCCCGUAUGCAUCUUGUAUUGUGUUUUAAUAUAUAUUUUCAUUUGGUGUAAAUAAUUAACAGUUUGGUGAAGCUAAAACAAUGAAAAAAUAUGUUUUUUGACAAGGAAAAGUUAAAAUGUUUUAUUUCUCACAGUGUUGCUGCCAU